GCGCAUGGAAUUACCUCGAAGAGGUCGACCAAGCAUAGGAAAGUGAAUACAGGGAGAGGAAGGGGUUGAAUGGCGAAAACCAGGGAGAGGAAGGCAAGGAGACCCAGCGGAGGAAAUUGCACCCUUAGAGAGGGGCCGAGGAAGGACAAAAGCGAAGUCGACUCGUGAUGAAGACCGGACUCGUUUUCCGCCAAUCUCCGGCCCAAAUGUAACGAAGAGGGCCACGAGAGUAGAGGCUCCGGUAACCUUUAAGCGCCGCACAAAAGGAGCCAUCCCGGAUGAAGGGGGCAUAAAGAAGCGCUCCGGAGGGAACCCAAGACAAGGUGUCGCUGAAAGGAGCGCUAAGGGCUUAAGCGGCCGAGAGCGACGAACCGAACCAGGCCGGCAGCCUGAAAGGAAGACUCCUUUGAAGGCGAAGAUAGAGCGCGAGAUGAACGGGAGAUAAAAAAGGAGGACCAUCCGCGAGGCUCGAUCGGCCCUCGCCGAGGUGACAAAGGGGAGUCCCGGUCCUUUAAUCCCGGUGAAAAUGUGCCGAGGCUCGUUCCAGCACGUCAGAAAAAAAACAAAUCGAGGACCCCCGAAGUGGAUUCUCGCGUAGCCGGGUCAGACCAGGAGGGACCCACGAACAAAGGCGAGCGAAACUUAGCGGAAUCUCGCAAAACUUCGUGGAACCUCGUGGGACAUCGCCAGGGCGACAUGCCUCCAAGAGCUGACUCAUCUCGUCGCGUUCUCCAAAUUCCAAGCCUUCCAAAGGAGUGGUGAUCCUCCGGGAACGUCGAGUCGAAAUUCGUUAGGAUGUUCUGCUUCCAGAGUCCGUUCACCCGCACCCCCCGCGGGGUGGCGACGACCCCCACGCGAGGGGCGAGCGGUCCCGGGUCGUCGGACGGCAAAAGGCGAGGAUCGGAGGGGGUGAGCGAGAGCUCCGGGUCUUCCUCUAUCAGGUACAUCGACCAGGAGCUGUCGGUCUCGGGGGCGAGCAGCACGGACACCUUGCCCGGCAUCAGGGCCGACUAUUUGGAACCGGAUCCCGCGUCCCCCGGUCCGGAGACAUCACCGAUCCGCCGUCCAAACAGCCCGUUCGACCUGGACACUCGCCCCCGGGAGGUCUCCGACGCUUUUUCCACUUCCUCCGCUGUCAAGGGUCAGACCUCUCCCUCGCAGAAGCCUCUAGGAGGUCGAUGGCGACGCAAGAUGCUGCUCAGGCUGCGCUCCACGGAUUCGUCCAACUCCAGCAAUGGCGAACCCUCGUCGGCGUCACCCUCGCCGGCCAGUGACUCCACGGCGUCGUCGUCCACCAGGAACCAGGACCGUCCUCGACGUCGCGACGCCUCUACGGCGUCGUUCGCCUCACAGGCUCUUCUUGGCUGCGACGACGAGCCGCUCGUGUCCCUUGGUACCGAGGUCUUCGCCUCGGCAUGCGACAUCCCGGGGCUCGUCAACGGGUUCAGCGACACCGAGGAGGAGACCGCUGCCAAUAGAGAAACCGAGACCGAGGAGAGCUCUCUGCCUUCCAGUCCUGCUGCCGCUGCCAGUGUCGGGUUGGCGCCUCCUGGAGCUUACUACGGCUUCCUGACCGUCAACGGCGGCAUCCGCCAGGAGACCAGCACCAGCUCGCCGCAGCUGUCCUCGGGAACUUGUGCUCCCUCCAGCUCGGAGUCUCCACCCGAUAGGGACUCUGCCGAUGAUACCACCGCGUCUACUCUUAAGCCGGAGAACCUGGAGAUGACCGCCUGCCUUCCGGUCGCCAGAUCCUGCCCCAACCUGGAGAGACAGAGCGCAGGGUGCUCCUCUACCAGCGGGUCCUCAAGCCCCAGUCCUAGUCCAGGACCUGCUGGGCCCAGGUUCAAGCCUCUCGAGGAGGGUGAUACCCAGGUCUGCUAUCUCAAUCACGCUAGGACCCUCGUCAGCAAGAUCCUGUCCAGCAAGUUCCUCAGGAGGUGGGAGACCCAUCACCUGUACCUCAACGAUGCCUGCCUCUCCUCUAGGACGCUUACAGGGUUUCUGCAGCAGCCGGUGCCCUAUAGCAGCAUGUCCGAGGUGUAUGCCGUGGCGAGAUGGGAUCCCACGUACAAGUACUGCCUGAGGAUCGUGCUGCCAGAUGGAUCUCUUCUCCUCCAGGCCAGCAAUGCUUACACGAGAGAUCAGUGGUACCAUUCCAUACUCUGGAAGAAGAGCAUCUUCAAGUACCAGCACCUGGUGUCGCUGAGCACCCGGGAGGAAGUCAUCCUGAGGGAGCUGAAAGCCAUGGUGGACUUUGCUUUGUGGACGCCACUACAGGACGAGCGAGUCGCUGGUGCCCCUUUGGAGGCUGUGGCGAAACUUCUAGGAAAUCCGGUAGAGAAGUCGGAAGCUGACGCGAAGACUGGCAAAAUGGAAGAGUCGAGCAAAUUCGGAGACAGGGGAUGGGCGGAAGCCAUACUGGCUGUUGCUGCUCCUCUUCUGGAGAGAGCUGCUCCUCCUGCCGCCUUGGCGAGGGUCCUAUCCAGUCUGGCAGAGAGACAUCCCAGAUCUCCUCUGGUUUCCGCCCUCAGUCCGGCCAUAACGAGGUGUCUCAAGCACACCGUGGACUUUGGCAAGUCACCAGACAUGAGAAGACUCUUACAGGUUUUCGUGGCGGCACUCUUCGAGAACAACGACGGGGAGCUGGCUCUCAGAGAGUACAUCGCCUCUGUACAUGGACCCGGAAGCGAUUGUCCUCAUCCUAGGGUCCUCCCUAAUCUCGUGUCCAUCUGCGUGGCUGCCAUAUUCAGGAGAUUCGAAGCCGCGAACGCGGCGCCUUCCAACGAGGACCGGCCAGCAUCUCUUCCACCAUUGCGCUGUUAUCUCCUGGUUUUAUGCGUGGCGUCCGAGUACGCCGACUGGCGACCAGGUCUGGGUGCUCUCCUGCAGCCGGUCCCGUUCCCGGAAGAGGCCCUAGCAGACAAGGAGGUCCAGGAGUCGAUCAUGACGCGAGUCAUGCGGCGUCUGGCGAAAGACCCCAGAUGCCUGGUCCAUCGGGUUCUGCUUCCCGUCAGGGAGCCCCGAUUAGGGUGGAUACAUAUCGCCGCACCGUCCAGUCCCGCCUGUCCGGACGAAGGAGAGCUUUUCGGCGAAAUGCUGACGACUCUCUUGAGCUGCUGCUGUCGAAGGAAGAGAUUCAUCGGCACCUUGAUAAAGCACUCGGGUGGAGCUUGCAUCCUCUUGGCUGUCAGGGGCUGCGAAGCUGCCCAGGAGGCGCUUUGUCUGAUGCUGGAAUGGCGACUUCUGCCAAACGAAGAAGCCAGGCUGCAAGUCGUUUCUGCCCUUCAGUCCACGGCUUCUGGGAGAGAUCGAUAUGCCACCCUCUGCCAGAGACAAAGAAACCUGCAAGAAUUGCAACAGAAGGGUGGUCCCAAAAAGUUGACACUUCCGGUGCGAGCGACCGACGCGGACGUCGCGUUGCUUCUUGGAGGUGGUGCUCUCGCCAACCUGGAGUGCCUGAGUCUGGCUUUUACUUCGGUUACCUCUGCAUGUGCGGAACAGCUGAUCAGGUUGCCUGCUCUGCGAUAUCUGAACCUAUGGGCUACCCAGUUCGGCGACGCCGGGCUGCAGAUGAUAAGCGAGCACCUGCAGAAGCUGCAAGUGCUCAACCUCUGCGAGACGCCCGUCUCCGAUAAGGGGAUCUCCACGUUGGCCUCACUGACGAGCCUAAGGAAGCUGAACCUGAACAGCACGAAACUGUCGGCCCAAACCUUCGAGUCGCUGAAGAAGAGACUUCCGGCCCUGCAGGAGUUCGACGUUCGAUACACGGAGGCCUGGUGACCCGAGCCGAUGCCUAAAACCGAUUUGCCGACCAAUCCUAGCAACGCUAGCCAGCGAUUUGGCUCUAGAGGGAGAAGGCACUAUCGUUAAGAUGUCCCUCGAUUCUCGUUAUCGGCGCGAGCUCGCCUACCUCGAUCGCGAGUACACGGGCUGAUCAUUACGGAAGACAACGAGCUCUCACGGAAAUUGUUAAUCGUUUAAUCGACUCUGAACAGUAAAGAAUACUCGGCGAUACUCGAACUUCCUCUAGCUGGAGGUUUUUAUGGAAUCGUUCCACGCGGUCUGAAAAAAAAAAAGAAAAAAAAACAGACGGCCACGAGUCCUCCCCGUGUACUCGUUCGCUCGCACCUUGUUUCUCGGCCUUCUGGCCGAGUACCUCUCUCCUAAGCACCCGCGAUUAUCUCCGAAUAUCUUUCAGUAUCUCUGCCCUCUUUAUGCGACCACUUUCCGACCUACUGUCGGCGUGGCCGGAUGCCUUAAAACGGGAUAAGGAGGAGGAAAACGAGAAGAGAGGAGUACGGAAUUCCGCGCGACCACUGCCACACACUCGCGAACUCUAUUAUUAAUAAAUAGUAAUCGUUGUUCUACAACCCUCCUCGGCGUUUGAGGUAAUCUAGUAAGUCCUGAGUUCGAAAGCCACUCUCUAGUGUACAUAGUUAAUUACGAAUAAGCAGGUUGGAGUUAAUAAUUUAUUGUAGCUAGGCCGUACAUUUAUAUGUCACGCACGCAGACACGUACGUAUAUGAUAAUUUCAUGAGAAAUCAGGUAGAUUAGAGGAUUUUUGCGCUCUAGGUCGCCGUUUUUUCCGAACGAGGUUGUCGAGGGUGCGGAGGGCACGCGAUAAGCGUUCAUGGAGUAGGAAGAGAUAAGGGAGUAGUUCGAGUCUAACUAAUUACGAUUACCUAUGCGAUAGAACGACUGAUUCUCUAUUUCGUUUUAAUAUCGUCGAGCUGCACGGGAGCAAGCAUUGUAAGAAGACUGUUUAUGUCAAUUUCGAUAAGGAUCAUUAAGUUAGUAAGUUAUGGAUAAUUAAUGAAGUAAUGGCAACAAUAAAUUCAAGUUUAUUACCGUA